UGCUGCCCCACCUAUCAGGGCUGAGUCACUGCAAGGGAGUAUUGCAGGAGGGGCUGACCAGGGACUUCCCCUGCUCCAAACUUCCCCAAUAGCUGGCCAUGUCAUCUCCUCUCUCUCAGUUCCUUUCACUCUGCUCCAGAGGCAGCCAUGGUGAUGGCUGGGGGAAAAGAGUUCCAGCUCUGGGUGGUGGUGUCUUGGUGGUUUGGGGUCCUGGAGGCUCCUGCAGGAGCACAAAACGUUUUCUGCUACGGGGUAUUUGAUGCAACUUCAGGGAAGUGCAACGACCUUCUGGGGGAAGGGGUUGCCCAGGACGACUGCUGCCUAAAUCACCGAUACGGCUUCCAGUUGGACAGGAAUGGACCUUGCCAGGCCUGCCAGGCAGCCCAGUGGAGUGACUGGUCCCCCUGGAGCCCCUGCUCUGUUUCCUGCAGGGAAGGCGUCCAACGGCGCAACCGGACGUGUCAUGGGCGUGACGGCCCAGCCGGCUUUUGUCAGGCCGGCACCCGCCAGUGGGAGAUGCAGACCUGCAGCCUGAUGGCCUGUUGCCCCAGGGUGGGAGGCUGGUCAGCCUGGGCUGCCUGGAGUCCCUGCUCCGUGACUUGCCUCAGAGGGUUGCAGACAAGGCAGCGAACUUGCACCAAUCCAAAACCAGACUGUGGAGGCAGCUGCCUAGGAGACAAUGUGGAACAACAGCCCUGUGACACCAACCUGAUCUGCCCAACCCAUGGAAACUGGGGCAACUGGGGCAACUGGGAGCCUUGUCCUGCCACCUGCAUUCCCGAGGGCUCGGGGCCACAGCCCAGGCAGCAGCGCCAGCGUCAGUGUAACAGCCCCCCACCUUCCAGAGACCCCCCUGGAAACCCCUGUCCUGGAGCUGACCGAGAUUACCGCUCCUGCAGCGGACUGCCCUUCUGUCCACAGGACGGCAGCUGGGGCAGCUGGAAGCCCAUUGGCUCUUGCUCGGUGACCUGCGGGGUUGGCCGAACGGUGGAGAAGCGUCUGUGUGACAGCCCUGCGGCAAAGCAUGGAGGGAAGUUCUGCCCUGGUCCAGACACCCGCACUGACACCUGUAACACCAGGAUGCCCUGCCCAGUGGACGGGCGCUGGAAGGAGUGGUCCGAAUGGAAUGAUUGCGAGAGGCUAGGCACCAAUAUCAAGAUUGCCUGUGACGAGCUGACUGGACUUCAGAAGAGAACCAGGACAUGCAUUGGACGAGCGCAUGAGGGCAAGCGCUGUGCAGGGCAAACCAUUGAUAUCAGAAGCUGCUACAAUGUCCAGUCAUGCAUUUUGAAAGGAGCCUGGACAGAAUGGAGCCCCUGGGGUCUCUGCAACCCGCCGUGUGGGGAGAAGCCCAUGAAAUCUCGCAAGAGGGAGUGCAAAGCCAUCUACCCCACUUACCCAAUGACAGUGGAAGGAGAGAAUGGGAAGAUACAGAAUGUCAGCUUCUGGGGGCACCCAAGACCCACCUGCCAGCCGCUGGAUGGACAGAGGCUGGUGGUGGAGGAGCAAGCACCAUGCCAAAAUGUGCCACCCUGUGAAGACUGAUUUUGAAGAAACUGUGGAUUUCCGUGCUGGAGACUACCAGGAGCCAGGCUAAUGUCAGCUUCCUUUCAUCUUUGCAACCCCCAAUAGUUGCUUCCUCUAUUUGAAAUGGUGACCUUGAGAACUGAGGAAUAAUCAGUACAAUAAGUUGUGUUUUUUUCUUAUAUGUCAACACACUUACAUGUCAACACAUUGUGUAAUGUGGAUAUUGAUUCAUAAAGGCUUCCCCCUAUUU